CGUCAAGCCAGUUGACCGCCAAGGUACAUCUAGUACCUCGUGGUUCCAGCCUUGCAUGUAAUCCGGCCUAUCGGCGGGUGACUCCGGCUCCAUUUUUUUUAAAGUGCCUGAGUAGAGGGGCAAGGCCUGUCUUCAGCCUUGGUCGACCCUGGGCUAACGACGUAAUCGCAUCACCAGAAGACCACGCCGAACCACCGCGAGUCACCAUCUGACCCGACCUCCACCACUCGACUGCCCCAAUUCGUCCCCGAAAUGAGAGACAGUCGUCCCUAAUAUCCAGCCAUGGAAGAAAACGCUCCCCUGAGCCCCAGCGAGGGCGACGAUGCCCACAGGUCCAACGACGGACCUGUCUCGCUCUACCGUAUCAGUUCUAAUAUGAGUCGAUCAAGCAUCUUUGAGGAUGUCGAGAUGGCUCAUGAAGAGCUUUACUCGGGGCCUGUCGCCGAAAGUCUCCCGACAAGCGUGUCUGCCUUCUCCCAUCGCCGACCACGUGUCGACUCGACGACUAGCUUCACAUACUACGAGGACGAGCCCGAGAUAUUCCCGGAUACUAUCGAUUCCGAUGGCAUAGCUCGGCGAGGUGCCUCCAAUGACUACAUUCGACGAAGCGUCUCGGAUAUCGGAGACUUGGAAUUUGGCGACGUUGACGACGAGGACGAAGAUGAUGUCUCUUCCGAUCGCGAGUACGACGCCUCCCACGACGACUAUGCCCUUCACCGACGCUCCUCAAACCAUUCUCGGAGCUCGGUCCACGAUCGCCUUCUUCGCAGAGAUAGCACCACAACGAUUGGAAGCUUCCGCCAUCGUGGUCGCACGAGUCAAAAGGUGUAUAUGGUGAACGAGGACCUUACCAUUGCUAUCGCUGGUUUCCGGACAAGCCAGGCUGGCUAUAUUUUCUAUAUUUUAUCAUGUAUUCUGACUGGCGGACUCGCGUAUCUGCUGUUUCGGUGGGUGCCCCGAUGGUAUGUUGCCGUCCUCGGCGAAGCAUGCCCAUUAAGAGACUGUGACUGGGUUGUGAUUGAGAAUCAGUGGGGGGAGCUUGUCACCAUGAAAGUGCGAUCGCAGCCCUAUGGUCGGGUUCUGUCGACCAUCUUUGGUUUGCCCGAGAAGUUAUAUUCAGAUGUCCUCGACGAAGAUAGCGACCCUGUCUUGGACGACUUGCGAACCUUGGAUUAUCGUUACGUCCGUCUCUGCUACCAUCCCCUCAAAGACAAGUUUACACUUUGCAACGGCUGGAAGGACCCAAACUGGACCGAUAUACGACUCACCCGUGCCGGUCUGGAUAGCGAUGAGAAGGGCGUCCGCGAAAUCGUGUUUGGCGCCAAUCUCAUUGACAUCGAGCAGAAAUCGACGGGCCAGUUGUUAGUAGAUGAGGUGCUCCACCCUUUCUACAUUUUCCAGGUUGCCAGCCUUGUGUUGUGGUCCCUCGACAGCUAUUAUUAUUAUGCGGCCUGUAUCUUCAUUAUGUCCGUUGGAAGCAUCGCCGCGACAUUGAUCGAAACUCGAGCGACUAUGAAACGAUUGCGGGAAAUUUCCCGAUUCGAAUGCGACGUUCGAGUUCUUCGGAACGGUUUCUGGAGAUACAUAUCUUCGAGUGAUCUUGUCCCUGGCGACGUAUAUGAAAUCAGCGACCCAAAUCUGACACAAUUCCCAAGCGACAGUCUUCUAUUGGCUGGAGACUGUAUAGUCAACGAGAGCAUGCUUACUGGAGAAUCCGUGCCUGUUUCAAAACUUCCGGCAACGGACGAAACGCUUCUCGGUAUGGACUUAGCGGCUUCAUCUGUUACUCCUGAUACGGCUAGGCACUUCCUUUUCUGUGGUACGAAGAUUAUUCGUGCUAGGCGCCCACAAGAAGAUCAAGAUGGCGAUGCUGUCGCCCUUGCCCUUGUUGUUCGAACGGGUUUUAACACUACCAAGGGCUCCCUUGUGCGCUCAAUGUUGUUCCCGAAGCCGUCGGGUUUCAAGUUUUACCGUGACUCGUUUAGGUACAUUAGUGUCAUGGCUAUUAUCGCUGGCAUCGGCUUCGUUGCGUCGUUCAUCAACUUUAUCCGGCUCGGUGUUGCUUGGCACCUGGUCAUUGUUCGAGCGCUCGACCUCAUCACCAUUGUUGUACCUCCGGCUCUCCCUGCCACGUUGACCAUUGGAACCAAUUUCGCACUCAGCCGAUUAAAGAAAAAGCAGGUAUUCUGCAUCAGCCCCCAGAGGGUGAACGUUGGUGGCAAGAUCGAUAUUAUGUGUUUCGACAAGACGGGGACGCUGACCGAGGAUGGUCUGGAUGUACUCGGUGUUCGAGUUGUUCGCCGUGAAACGAACAAAUUUAGUGAGAUCAUCACAGAACCUCAACUGCUACUUGCAGAGGCGAUGCACCAGGGACCCCAGAGCAGUUUUCGAGCCGCUUUGCACACUAUGGCCACCUGCCACACACUGCGAUCUGUCGAUGAUGAGCUCGUGGGUGAUCCUCUUGAUCUCAAGAUGUUUGAGUUCACUCGCUGGACUUACGAGGAGGGGAAACAGAGCGUGGGCGAAGGAGAAGAUGAGGAACAAGGUGGGCUUGCGCCAUCUAUCGCGAGGCCCCCUAAUGCCAACCUUGAAAUUGGUGUGCUCAAGUCGUUUGAGUUUGUCUCCCAGCUACGACGAGCCAGUGUUAUUGUUCGUCAAUUUGGCCAGAAGAGUGGUGAUAUCUUUGUCAAGGGUGCUCCCGAGGCGAUGCGGGAAAUCUGUCGCCCCGAAAGCUUUCCGAGCGAUUACGAUCAACUCUUAUCAUUUUAUACCCAUAAAGGAUACAGAGUCAUUGGGUGUGCCUCCCGACAUCUGAAGAAGUUGAGCUGGGUCAAGGCUCAAAAGAUGAGUCGAUCUGAUGUCGAAAAUGAUCUUGACUUCAUCGGUUUCAUCGUCUUCGAAAACAAGCUUAAGCCCACCACUGCCGGCGUCCUGGAGGAACUACUUGCAUCCAACAUUGGUGCGGUCAUGGUAACGGGUGAUAAUAUUCUGACAGCCAUCAGUGUGGCGCGGGAGUGCGGUCUUAUGGACCGUACUGCUCACUGCUUCGUCCCUCGCUUCAUCCAAGGUGAUUGUCGUGAUGCGAAGGCUCAACUGCGAUGGGAGAGCAUUGACAACAAUCUGUACUGCCUGGAUGAAUCUACGCUACUGCCCCACCCUGCUCCACCGGAAGGUGAUGCAUCGCUGCCAUAUGAUAUUUCGAAUCUGCGUAAUUAUUCGUUGGCAGUCAGCGGAGAUGUGUUUCGCUGGAUUGUAGACUAUGGAUCCCCGCAGGUCCUCCAAAGAAUGCUUGUGACCGGGAAAGUCUUCGCGAGAAUGUCGCCAGAUGAGAAGCAUGAGCUGGUUGAGAAGCUUCAAAGCAUCGAUUACACCUGCGGCUUUUGUGGAGAUGGAGCCAACGACUGCGGAGCUCUAAAGGCAGCAGACGUCGGUAUCUCCCUGUCCGAAGCUGAAGCCUCCGUGGCAGCUCCGUUCACCUCGAGGGUGUUUGAUAUCCGUUGUGUGCUCGAAGUCAUCAAGGAGGGCCGCGCCGCUCUGGUGACCAGCUUCAGCUGUUUCAAGUAUAUGAGUUUGUAUUCGGCAAUUCAGUUUACGUCGGUCACCUUCCUCUAUGCCAAGGCUUCGAACCUUGGCGACUUCCAGUUCCUCUUCAUCGAUCUGCUCCUGAUUCUACCCAUUGCCAUCUUUAUGGGCUGGGCUGGGCCAGCGUCCACUCUAUGUCGAAAACGACCAACAGCGGAUCUCGUCUCGCGCAAGGUCCUUACUCCAUUGCUUGGAUUGAUGGUCGUAUGCAUUGCGUUCCAAGCUGUGACCUACGUGACGGUCAAGGAGCAGCCAUGGUACAUCCCCCCCAAGGUCAAUCAUGACGAACCGGAUAUCAAGAACUCGGAGAAUACGGCGCUUUUCCUGGUGUCAUGCUUCGAGUAUAUUUUAUCAGGUUUGAUUCUCAAUGCCGGUGCUCCCUUCCGACAAGGAAUAGCCCAGAACUGGCCAUUUAUGAUCACAGUUACCCUGGCAAUCCUGGCAACGGUGUACAUGGUUCUCAUACCGUCUAAAUGGUUGACCGCCUUAAUGGAGUUGACAAAUAUGAGUUGGGAUUAUGAGGUCUUCUUGAUUGGUCUGGGCAUUGCCUAUCUCUUGGUGGCUUGGGGAUACGAGAAGUACCUGUCUCUGCGGCUGGCCCGACUCAUCGGGCACGCGAAACAGCGAAUCACAGGAGCGUCAAAAAAGCGGAAGGAGUAUAAGGUCAUUCUAGAGGCGGCCCGAAUGUAGACUUUUGUACACAGAGUUUGACUGGGACUGGCGUUGUAUUCGGUGUAGCUAUCUAGGAGAGCGAGGGUGGUGGUAAUUUUCGGCCGAUUGCGUCGAAUAUUAAAAUUCCUGAAAUCGAAGUUGAUCGGGGCUACCGAGCUCCUGCAUGUCAUGACGUAUUUGACUUACAACUGGCAUCGAUUGUGGUGCAUACGCCCACCUACAUCUACGAAAUACCGACAGCCA